AAGGCUAGAAGCAGAGCCGAUGAACGAAGGUAUGAAGAAAAAAAAAAAAUGCCGUCCAUAGCCAGGCUGUCCAUACCUGCAAACGCAUCUACUGCCGUAGCUGAACAAUCACUUCGGACACUACCAUUCCUACUCAACAAACCCACUUCACCUUUUCUCCAAACUAACCAAGCCAUUCAAUUCACCAACCUAUUCUCUCGCCUCAAGUCGCCACCCCAUCUGCUUGAAGCCAGAAGAUUGCACGCUCUUCUUCUCCUCGGUGGCUUCUUCCACCCCAGUUGCUCUGAUAGAGUUUUGGGUUCGCAGCUCGUGAACGUCUAUGCCAAUUUCGGCUGUAUCUGGGAAGCUCUUCUCGUCUUCAAUAGACUGCCCCAGAGGAGUAACAUUGCUUGGAAUGCCGUACUCAGAGGUUUGGUUAACCUCGAUAGGUUCUCAGAAGCAAUUGAGUUCUAUCACUUGAUGCUUAGGGAAGGCAUAAUUCCUGACAACUACACAUACCCACUUGUUCUCAAGGCUUGCUCUGGGUUAUCCGCACUCGAAGAAGGAAGAGAGGUUCUAGAAUUAAUGCAGUUGACUGAGGCUUUCCAUAAUGUCAAGCACAAUAAAUAUGUUGAAUGCGCUCUGAUUGACAUGUUUGCAAAAUGUGGCAGCUUAAUCGAAGCGCGGAAAGUGUUUGAUGAAAUGCCCAUCAGAGAUUUAGCAUCUUGGAGUGCAAUGAUCUGUGGAGCCGUGCAGAGUGGGCAAUGGGUUGAAGCAUUGUGCCUGUUUAGGAGGAUGAUAUUAGAAGGGCUACAGCCUGAUUCAGUCGUUUUGGCAACUGUGCUUCCAGCAUGUGGUGGAUUGGAGGUUAAGCAAAUGGGGAUGGCCGUGCAGGGCUGCAUCAUAAGGGGUGGCUUCGAGAGUGAUUUGUACGUUUUGAAUGCCUUAAUAGAUAUGUACUGUAAAUGUGGAGACACCAGUGAAGCUUAUGGCAUGUUUUGCACUAUUGUGUAUAAGGACGUGGUCUCAUGGAGUACUAUGAUUUCCGGUUAUGCGCAGAACUGCCAAUACGUCAAGAGUUUUGACCUUUUUCUGGAGAUGAGGAACUCCGAGACAAAAAUCAAUGCAGUUAUCGUGGCAAGUGUUGUUCCUGCAUUUGCCAAGCUCAAAUUGUUGAAACAAGGGAAAGAGGUACACAGUUUUGUUCUAAAACAAGGGUUUGAGUCCGACGUUGUUGUGGGAAGUGCGUUAAUUGAUAUGUAUGCUAGCUGUGGUUCGAAGAAAGAAGCAGAAUACAUUUUUGAAAUCAUGUUUGAUAAGGAGAUCACAAUAUGGAACUCGAUGAUUGUAGGGCAUACUUUAAAUGGUGAUGUUGAUAAAGCGUUUAAGGUCUUCCAAAGAAUCUGGGGAUCAAAAUUGAAGCCGAAUUAUGUAACUUUGGUGAGCAUUCUCCCUUUAUGCACAAGGAUGGGGACUCUUACAUGGGGGAAGGAAAUUCAUGCUUAUGCAACUAGAAGCGGUAUGGGGACCGUAGUUUCUGUUGGAAAUUGUCUAAUAGACAUGUACUGCAAAUGUGGCCAUCUGGAACUUGGAAUAAAGGUCUUUGAUCAAAUGAUGAAAAAGAAUAUUGUGACAUAUAACACAAUAAUCUCUGCCCAUGGGAUUCAUGGACUUGUGGAAGAAGCCUUUUCAUUCUUUGAAUGGAUGAAGGAGGCAAGAAUUAGACCUAAUAAAGUCACAUUUGUAGCCCUCUUGUCAGCUUGUAGUCAUGCUGGUCUAAUUGAAAAAGGCUGGUUUUUCUACAAUUCUAUGGUAGAUUAUUAUGGCAUACUGCCUGAAAUGGAACACUACUCAUGCAUGGUGGAUCUUCUUGGAAGGGCAGGGCGCCUUGAUGAUGCAUGUUAUUUUAUUAGAAAGAUGCCUAUGGAGCCAGACAUUAAUGUUCUGGGAAGCUUACUGGGCUCUUGCAGGGUUUAUAACAAGGUGGAGCUUGCUGGGCUCAUUCAGGACAAAAUUUCCCAGGAGGGUCUUAAAGAUUCAGGUUUUUAUGUUCUUUUAUCCAAUAUAUAUGCCUCCAUUAAGAGAUGGGAAGAUGCACGGACGGUCAGAACAGGGAUAAAAGAACAGGGCUUGAUCAAGAAACCGGGGUAUAGCUGGAUUCAACUAGGUUGCCGCACCCACCUGUUCCAUGCUUUUGAGAGAAUGCAUCCGGAAAUUAAUAAGAUAAAAGAAAUUCUGGAGAGCUUGUUGUUUGAAAUGAAGCGCAAGGGUUAUAUUUCAGACUCUAGUUUAGUCUCUGGUAACUUAUCAAAGUGAUGAAGGUGGACUAAUUUUUUUGAUUGUUGCUGGAAAUCUCAGCUCAAGUUACCAUUAGUAACAGGUAAUUUGGGAUGUUAUAUCUCAACCUCUGGCAGAGCAAAAGUUGAUUGGCUGGCUGUUUACUAUACCAGUGGACAUACAUCAAAUGCAAGUCUAUAAUUAAUGGAACAUCUGGGAAUCAACCAGGCAGGAAACAUGUGGCACACAAAUACCUCGUAGUGCCAAGUGCCAACCACCAUCCCCUUUGUUUUUCUACCAUAUUGUCACCUGCUGUUUGGUCUUGCUUAUUCUGAGUACAGGAGUGAUGGAGGAGGCAAAAUGUCUGAAUAUUGCCCUACCAUGUAAGCUCAGAAAAUAAUAGGCUGGAUACCAAACAGGGCCUUACAAAGAUACUUACACAGUUUGAGGACAUCCAACUUCACCAUAUCAAUUCUUUCAUUUGAGGUCAUCCUCAGGUUCAGGUUGAACAAUGUCGCGUUUGAAAUGAUUUUACAGGACACAGGUUAUACAAUUUAUACCAAAUGGACACUUAAAUGGUUUUCAUCAAUAUUUGCCAUCAGCAGAGACGAUAGUCAUCUCGAACAAUAUUGGUCUUCCCUCUCAGUUUCUAUUUGGUUGGAUAGGAACACAAGGAUCCAAGUUUCCCUCUUCUUGAUAAUUAGGUGUCUUUUCACUUCUAAUCUUAGGUCAACUGACAAAAUAUGUGCCGCCAGUGGUUGUAUAUAUUGCCUUGUAUAUUUAGAAACAUUUGACUGAAAAAACAAAAUGAAAAAGUUGUUGGCUAUAGAUGUAUGCCCUUGUAUGUGAGAUGGAUGAUGUUGGAAAAUCUUUUGUGUGCACUGCAUUGUCUCCUUCAGUUAAACAGUGCAAGGUUGAUUGUCA